GCCCCCUUCCCCCUACUCUUUGCACCCUCCUCUCUUCCAUCCUCGUCGUCUCCAUCCCUCCUCCCUCCUCCAUCCUUCUCCCUCCUCCAUCCUUCUCCCUCCUCCUCCCCGGCGGCGGCGGCGGCGGCGGCGGCGGCAGCGCAUCUGUCUGGGCGUCCCUCCCUCCCUCCCUCCCCCGGUGCAGCCCCCGGUGGCGGCGGCGGCGCUGUCCGCUGCGGCUCCGCUCGGUGGGAAGGCAGGCUUGGCCGCCCCCUCUCCAGAAGAGAAGGAAGGUAGAGGGAGGAGCGGCGGCCAGGGACCUGGGGAGGGCAGGGCAGGGCGCAGGUAGCGGCCCCCAGCGCGGACCCUCGGACCCCACGCCUGGGGGCCCACCCGGCCGGCCGCGGAGGAAGAGCCUCUCCCCUACGGCCGGCCCAAUGCCCCGCUCCUGCCCGCCGCGGCCAUGAGCUUGGCCUGAGCCAGCCCUGCCCCCGGGGCUGCCCCUGCCAGGGCCGGUCAUGGCCUCUCUGGACCUGCCGUACCGCUGCCCCCGCUGCGGGGAGCACAAGCGCUUCCGGAGCCUGUCGUCCCUGAGAGCCCACCUGGAGUACAGCCACACCUACGAGACCCUCUACAUCCUCUCCAAGACCAACAGCGUCUGCGACGCGGCCGCCGCGGCCGUCUUCCCUCUGGCGCCCGACCCUGGCGCCAUGCUGGCCGUGCCCGGCGCCCGGCGCGACGUCUUCGAGAGCACGUCCUUCCAGGGCAAAGAGCAGGCGGUGGGGCCCCCCGCCCAGGCCGCCCACCACCUGCACCACCACCACCACCACCCGGCGCUGGCCCGCUUCCCCGGAGACCUGGUGCCCGCCGGAGUGUCCUGCGAGGACCUGGCCGAGCCCGGCCUCGUGCCCUCCGCCGCCCGCUAUGCCCUGCGCGAGAUCGAGAUCCCCCUGGGAGAACUGUUCGCCCGGAAGUCGGUGGCGUCUUCGGCGUCCUCCACGCCGCCCCCCGGCCCCGGCCCCGGCCCCGGCCAAGCCUCCCCGGCCUCCCCCUCGCCGGCCGACAUGGCCUAUGAAGAGGGCCUGGCGCGGCUCAAGAUCCGGGCCCUGGAGAAGCUGGAGGUGGACAAGAGGCUGGAGCGCCUGAGCGAGGAGGUGGAGCAGAAGAUCGCCGGGCAGGUGGGCCGGCUGCAGGCCGAGCUCGAGAGGAAGGCGGCCGAGCUGGAGAAGGCCCGGCAGGAGAGCGCCCGCCUGGGCCGCGAGAAGGAGGAGCUGGAGGAGCGGGCCAGCGAGCUGUCCCGCCAGGUGGACGUCAGCGUGGAGCUGCUGGCCUCGCUGAAGCAGGACCUGGUGCGCAAGGAGCAGGAGCUGACCAGGAAGCAGCAGGAAGUGGUUCAAAUUGACCAGUUCCUGAAGGAGACGGCAGCGCGGGAGGCCAAUGCCAAGGUGCGCCUUCAACAGUUCAUCGAGGAGCUCCUGGACCGUGCGGACCGAGCCGAGAAGCAGCUUCAGAUUAUCAGCAGCAGCUGCGGCACCACCCCCAAUGCUAGCCUGGGCAGGAGCAGCGUGCCUGGUACCAAGGGGGCCAGCAGGAUGCGGGACCGGCACUCAGGUCCCAUCAUGCACAACACAUACGCCGUGUCUAACCACCGCUCCUCCUCCAGCACAGGGGCCUCCAGCCGUGCAAAGGCCGUGUCCCAGAGCUCCGGCUGCUACGACAGUGACACUGCAGACCCCUACCCCUCGGAGGAGGCAGCCAUUGGGGACAGCGGGGCUGGAGGACCAGGGGCUCGGGCUGAGGGUGGAGGGGGCUUUGAGAGGCCCCAGGUGCCCCGGAGCUCAGGCCUGCGGCGCCAGGCCAUCCAGAACUGGCAGCGGAGACCUCGUCGGCAUAGCACAGAGGGGGAGGAGGGCGACGUUUCUGACGUGGGCUCCCGGACCACCGAGUCCGAGGCAGAAGGACCCUCCGAAACCCUGGCCUCUGGCCCCACACCGCCCCGAGCCCUGAGCAGCUGCCGGCUGUCCGGUCCUCCAGCCCGCUCAGAGGGGGGCAGCGGGCGGGGCCGACAGGCUGAUGGUGGCAGCCCCUCGCGCUCCAACGAAGUCAUCAGCCCCGAGAUUCUGAAGAUGCGGGCGGCCCUCUUCUGUAUCUUCACCUACCUGGACACCCGGACCCUCCUACAUGCCGCCGAGGUCUGCAAGGACUGGAGGUUUGUGGCCCGGCAUCCCGCUGUCUGGACUCGUGUGCUGCUAGAGAAUGCCCGCGUCUGCUCCAAGUUCCUGGCGAUGUUGUCCCAAUGGUGCACCCAGACACAUUCGUUGACGCUGCAGAACCUGAAGCCCAGGCAGCGGGGAAAGAAGGAGGGCAAAGAGGAGUACCUGAGGAGUACAAGGGGGUGCCUGGAAGCGGGGCUGGAAUCGCUGCUCAAAGCUGCCGGCGGGAACCUGCUGAUCCUGCGCAUCUCCCACUGCCCCAACGUCCUCACGGACCGCUCCCUCUGGCUGGCCAGCUGCUACUGCCGGGCCCUGCAAGCGGUCACCUACAGGAGCGCCACCGACCCUGUGGGCCAUGAGGUCAUUUGGGCCCUGGGCGCCGGCUGCAGAGAGAUCAUCUCCCUCCAGGUGGCUCCUCUGCACCCCUGCCAGCAGCCCACACGCUUCAGUAACCGAUGCCUGCAAAUGAUAGGGCGCUGCUGGCCUCACCUCAGGGCCUUGGGGGUAGGAGGAGCCGGCUGCGGCGUGCAGGGCCUGGCAUCGCUCGCCCGGAACUGCAUGAGGCUUCAGGUAUUGGAACUGGACCACGUGGCAGAGAUCACCCAGGAGGUGGCGGCUGAGGUGUGUCGCGAAGGCCUGAAGGGUCUGGAGAUGCUGGUGCUCACAGCCACCCCGGUCACCCCAAAGGCACUGCUGCAUUUCAACAGUGUUUGCCGGAACCUCAAGUCCAUUGUGGUACAGAUUGGAAUUGUGGAUUACUUCAAAGAACCUGGGAGCCCGGAAGCCCGGAAGCUGUUUGAAGAAAUGGUGACCAAGCUCCAGGCCCUUCGACGACGGCCGGGCUUCUCCAAGAUCUUACACAUCAAGGUGGAAGGUGGCUGCUAACCCCGGGCAGGGGGGCCAGUGGGCACCCCUCACCCCCCACCUCCACGCAGAGGCUCUGGCAUGAUCCCAGGCCUCCGGCGGGCAACAUCUUUGGACACCUCCACGCAAGGGAUGCAGGUUGGGACGUGCCCUCAAGGGGCCGGCCGGUGGCCCUGGUCUUGGAAGCAGAGACCCGGGUCCCCUCCAGAGGCCUUCGGGCUGAGCUCCGGGUCAGUCGCAUGGUAUCCAUCUGCUAUGGAGUUGAUGGCUUGGGGGGCCUCUUCUCCUUCCUUGAGCCCCUGGGGCUGGGUGCCCCUUGCCUGAGCCUCCACCCCAGGCACUGCCUCCCCCACAAGGGCUCUCAGACUGACGCUACUGUCUCCUGUCGGCCGAUGCCGCAUGCCGGGUCCACUCGUGUCAGCCCGGCGGAGCAGGGCCUGAUUCCGGGCCCCUCGGGGGGACAGGGAGCUCCAGCACCAGCAGAGGCAGGAACUGACAGCCUACACCUGCCCUGGCCCCUUCCUUCGGGGGCCUGCAAUAAACCCCAACUGCCUCCCGAGACCCUGGUGUCUGGGGAAAGCAGGGCUCGUGUUCCCCGAGGCCCACUACCUGGGGCUGCCUGUCUCCUGUAGCUGUCUAUGGAGGGUGUCAACACCAGCCUUGGUCCCAGGGUGCAUCAGGGCAGCAGCCCGGCAGGCCCCUGGGCCCCUCCGCGCCUGGCCCCGUGGAAAGCACAGGUGGGCCCUGGGAGGCGGGACGGGCCCAGGACCCACGGCAGCGCUCUUGGGUGGAUGGUGCGGCACCCUGGCCGCCUCCCCAGACUCCAGGGGGCAGCACCGGCCCCCCAUUCCCUGCUGCCGCUGCCUCCAGCGAGUCUGGGAGGGCCUGGCAGACAAGACAGAGUUAGUAUUUAUUUCUGUAAGAAAAGAUGAUGCAGAGAUUUAAAAGCAGAGUUCUAUAAUGUGCAUGUUUCUGAGCUCUCCGCUCUAGACCCUGACCCUGACCCGAGCCCCCCGACACACACGAAGCCCUCCCGGGAAGCCCGGGGCCAGCCCACCCACCACGUGCCCUGAGACAGGGACCGGAAGGGGCAGGAGGAGGAACAGGGAGGGAAGGGGGCCCGAGGGGCAGCCUCCAGAAGAAAUCGGAUGUCUUGGUAUAUAGCAGCACAUGGUGGAGGUAGAGGCCGACUGUGCGGUUUGUUUUCCCUAAGAAGUCACAUCUGAUUGACUUGGUCUAGAACCUCUCACCCUGGGACCCUGUUGGCAGUUCCGUGAGGGAAUCUAAUCCAGCUGGGCCCUGGAUCUAGGCGUCGAGAAGCAUGCUGACCCCCACAUUCCCUCUCUUUGUCUGUCUCCCUUUCUCACUCCCUUUCCCUCUCCCUCUCUCUCCCUCUCAAUGUCUCUUUAUCCCUGUCUCUGUGUAUCUCUCUCUCUCCAUCUGUUUCUGUCUCACUCCAUCUCUGACUCCUCAUAUCUGUCUGUCUGCCUGCCUCUCUCUCCCUCCCUCAUGCUCUUGUUUCUGCUCUCAGACGCCAGGCACACAUGUUCUUCAGGGCAAUAGAAAGAAAUUUUGAAUUCGGAGUCAAAGGACCCGAGUUGUUUUACCUCCUAUACCAACUAUGUGACCUUGGACAAGUCUCUUCACCUCUGUGGGUCUCUGGGUUUUCCCACCUGUAAAAUGAAGGGGGAGUGCUGAAUGGAAAGUCCCUUGCAAGCUUUACAAAUGAUUCUGCGAGCCUCAGUGUGCCCUUCGGGUGCCUCAGGGGAGCAGAGGUAGAGUCUUCCCCACCUCUCAUUUGUAAAGUUCUUCUGGCUUCCCAGGCCAGGCCCCUCCCACAGAUUUCUCUGAGGCGGACCAGGCUGGCCCAACUUCACAGACCUGACUAGUGAGUUUGAAGCUAUUGUCUUGCCCCUGCCCUUCUUCUGGGGGCUCCCCCACCCAUGCUUAGUUUCCCUGUAGCCCAGUGAGAUAUUCACUGAGAAGCUCUCAAGAGGAGGUGCAUGCAGGGAGCCUUGUCCUCAGACCCAUCUGGCAGUAUUCCCUCUGUUCCUGCCUCAGUUUCUUCCCUCAGCUCUCCCUCUUGUCUGUCAGUCUUUCUAUUUAUGCUUCUCUGGAGGAUUUCUGCCUUUUCCUCAGGCCCUUCCCACCUGCCAUGCUUCACCUACCCUUUCAGAGGGAGAGGAGCCUCUCUCUGGGCCACCCCAGGCCCACUGCCGGGCCCUUCCAAGGGGAGGAGACCCAAAGGGAAAGCACAAGAUUCCUUUGACUGUCUCCCUGCCCCCAGCAGUGCCGUGGUCUUCCCCCAGAAGGGAGCCCUCCCCCAAGGCAGCAAAGGCCCCUCUGCUCUCCUGUGGCCUGGCUUCUUCCAUCAGUGGCUUCCAGGGCUGCUUCCUCAUCUGUAGAAUGAAGAAAGUUGGCCACUGAGGGCCCUGCCCACUCCAAAUAACCCCCUACCCAGGUCACUGGGAAAAGCACAAGCCGGCCACUACGGCUCCCUGGGGGCCCUGCAGCCCCUCGCACUCACUGCUCCCUGGACCCCCGCCCCCUUGCUUUGCUGGUGUUUAGGGCCCUCCUUGGUCCAGUGUGUCUGGGAGAGAGAAGAGCUGGCAGCCUGGGGUAGGCAGGUAAACCCCCUUCUCCUGGCCUGUUGGGGGGGGGGGGGGUUGUGUGUGUUUUUCUCUACUUGUGUGUGUAUAUCUACUCCGCUUGGGCUUCACAGGCACACAGCCCUGGCAUCACCAGGUCUCCUCUUGGACUUGGGUUCAAAUCUUGACUUUGUCACUUACUACCUAUGUAAUGCUGCGAGUUACUUCAUGUCCAGAAUGGUGGGGGAAGGGCGCUCCCCCCCAAAGGGACCCUCAGGCAGUUUCCCCCACCCUUGCUCCUCUUUUCAUUUGCCUCUCACUGCCAGGUGGGCGUUCCUUCAUUGGCCAGAUCCUUCCCUCCAGAGUCCAGCCCACAGUGGCACAGUGGGGAGUCCCAGAGAUCUACACUCUCCCCCUCCCUCCCUCCCUCCCCCCUCCUGAUUCUUGCGACCCCUUUCUGCCACCUGGUUCUUGGUCCCUCCGAAGCUUUCCUGGAGGGUUCUGGCUAGCCCCUCCCCCUUUGCUCCCAGGUGGGGUGGGGGGGACAGAAGGGCAGUGACUCAGCUUCCUGGCCAGGGGGCUCCGGGGUCUGCCUGAAGCACUUUACUUUGGCCCCCCCGAGUCAGCUCCCCACCGUGGGAUGCUGAGUGGAGGCUCCAAGUCACUAGCCCUGACCAUUUGGGAGCCUCUCCGUGGAGAGUGUACAUAGCAGCGGGCUCCAGCGAGGGCCUCCCCCGUCAGCGUCCUACCCCAGUCAAGAUAGCACAGGGUCCCAGAAGCCCCGGUGGGUGGGACGAGGGUCUUGGGGUCACCCUUCUGUCUCCCCUGCCCGGGCCCUGCUCCUACAUCACCCAUAGAUGCACUUUGGUGUUGUUGCUUUGUACCCUUUGCCGAAUGUAUCCUGAGCGUGUAUGUAUCUAUGAGGACCUCAUGCGGGCGUCCACGCUGCCGCCUGGGCGUCCAAUAAAGAUUCUGAAAACCUA